AAAAAAAUAAAAAAGAGAGAGACGGGGUUCGUCUCGUCUUCCUUCCUCAACCCGCUCGUCCCCGAUCUAGGGUUCCGUUCCCCACCCCCGAUCAUGGCGAAGUGACAUGUUCUAGGGUUAAGGUUAGGGUUUCGUCUCCUCCCCCACUUUGCCCCGCUUACGAUGUUCCUCCUCCACCCGCGUCGAGAUGCGUUGGUGGAAGAGCUCCAAUCCCCCCCCCUCCUCCUCCUCCUCCUCCACCGCCUCCUCCGUCUCCUCCGCCGCGUCGCCGAGCCGCGGCCGUGAGUCGCAGCCGCGCCUCACGCGCCAGCGCAAGCUCCGCUACCUCGACGACGCCGAGCUCGGCUCCUUGGCCUCCUUCGACUCCUCCGCCGACCCCGUUCGCUCCCCGCCGCCGCCGAGGUCGUCUUCGUCGCCGCCGGUGUUGUCACCGCACCCGCUUCCGCUUCCGGAGGCCGCCGCUGCUGCCGCCCAAUUGAGCUCCGUCGGUUGCCCCCUCCCUUCGCCGAGAGGGUGGCCGGGUAGAGCGGAGGGAGAGGCGGGGAUUGUCUCGGCGAGGGAUUGUGUGCGAUUGUCUCUCAGUGAGCCGGUCGGAGGCGAGAGGGCCUCGUCGGUAUCGCCUGUUGGGAGGUUGGCAUACCAAACUGCUCGAAGAAGUACAGGGGGCAGUGAUGUACUAUCAAAUGGAUCAGCCUAUAAUCAUCAUCGAAAGCUAUUCCAGGACAUGGAUACAACUGAAACGGAGGAUUUUAAAUUGAAUAUACCUGCAAAAAGUGCUCCAACCAGUGGGCUUGCAAGCCCAGUUCGGAGCCCUCGAAGAUCAAGUAACGGACUUAAUAUUUGGUCAGCUCCGGCAAUCCCUUCCAUGGAUUCAACAACAACUACUCUCUCGUGCCAAACUUCACCUGAAAGAAUUUUCAGUAAUUCUGGCCGUUCGGCCCGUUACAGUCCAACAACAAAGAAUACAAUAUGGAGAUCAAGCGAUUCGAGUGCUCCCCCAUCACCAGUCCAUUCUAAAAUGUUUCCAGAUAAUUCUGUUUUGCGGCAUGACAGUAAUGGGAGUGCUAAUGUUCACCCACUGCCUCUCCCUCCUGGAGCCGCAGUUCCUUUGCAUUCCCCUGCUGCUCAUCGAAGUGCAUUGAAAGCUGAGGCUUCUCCAAUGACCGGUCAGUGGCAAAAAGGGAAACUUAUUGGGAGUGGUACAUUUGGGAAUGUUUACGUUGCCACCAAUAGGCAAACUGGAGCUUUGUGUGCAAUGAAGGAAGUCAAUAUUAUUGCGGACGACUCCAAAUCUGCAGAAUGUUUGAAGCAGUUAGAGCAGGAAAUAAAAUUUCUUAGUCAAUUCAAGCAUCAAAAUAUAGUGCAAUAUUAUGGGAGUGAAAUUAUUGAUGAUCGUUUUCACAUAUACUUGGAGUAUGUUCAUCCUGGUUCAAUCAACAAAUACGUCCGUCAACAUUGUGGAGCUAUGACAGAAUCAGUGGUUCGUAAUUUCACUCGUCAUAUUCUUAAUGGACUGACUUACUUGCAUAGCAAGAAGAUAAUGCAUCGGGAUAUUAAAGGAGCCAAUUUACUUGUGGAUGCAAAUGGUGUUGUCAAGUUGGCUGAUUUUGGGAUGGCGAAACAUUUGAGUGAUGCUGCACCCAAUCUUUCAUUGAAGGGAACACCAUAUUGGAUGGCUCCCGAGGUUGUACAGGCUACAAUGAAGAAAGAUGCUGGUUAUGAUCUUGCUGUAGACAUUUGGAGUUUGGGAUGUACCAUCAUUGAAAUGUUCACUGGAAAACAUCCAUGGAGUGGCCUUGAAGGGGCUGCAGCUAUGUUCAGGGUUUUGCACAAAGACCCACCAAUACCUGACAGAUUAUCCUCUGAGGGAAAGGACUUUCUCCGGCGCUGCUUUCGUAGGAAUCCUGUGGAUAGGCCAACAGCAACCAUGCUAUUGGACCAUCCGUUUAUUCGGAACUCACAUCACUACAACCUCCAUGGUUCAAUACACUCGUUUGCAGGGAUUAAGCUCAUUGAUCCUACAUGUAACCCUAGAGACAAAACAAAGUCCUCUAAAAGCGACUCGUGUGUGAGAGGAAAACCGUCUGCCAAUGGUAAAACAAACCACUCUUAUAGUGAGACUUCAAAGCUAGCAGCAGUGUGUACUUCACCGCCAUCCAAUGCCGAAAUAGUUACUACUAUGCUUUCUCCACAUUCAAAGUGCAUCACAUCAGCUAAAACUAGCUCUGAAUCAAUUGUUCUCAACGGUAUCAAUUCAACUGAUGGAAAUCCUCACCCCUGUGCAUUGCCUAAGCCUCAUGCUAAGGAACUUUGAAAUCGAUUCUCUCAUAAAUAUUAAUGGUCACUGCACGACAGCAAUUCAAAGUUUUCGAGGAUCCUGAGUUGCAUAGCUGGUAGCAUCCACACCAUCUUCCAUGUGCUCUACCACUGUUCCUUUUUUUUUCUUUUCGUUUUUUUUUUUUGUUUUUCCUUCGUUUUCAUUUUUUCUAGAGUUAGAAAUAGAGGGAGGUUUUGUGUAAGCUGAUUAAGUGAUUCUUUCCAUGAAUCGGAGAGUAGGGUUGAUUUAAUCUUGUGCACUACUGUUUCUUGUUGUAUGUACCAAAUAACAUCAGAAAAAAGGAGGUUGGAGUUAUACGGCAGUUGUAUUAGGUAGUAAUAUUGAUGACAACUGUACAGUUUAUGUAUUGUGUUAAAAUUCAUUUGUAGAUAAAUUAAGCUCUCUGAGGAUCUCUUUUAUGGAUAAUAAA